CUCCCAUGAGUCACCUGGCGUCACAUGGUUCAGGAGAUGUUGUUAAAGUCUUGCACCUGACGAGAUUAAUCAUUACUUUCUGCAGAUUGAUCCACAGCUCUAUCCUUCACGGGGGUAGCAGAAACGACAUCACAUUAAUUUCUCAGCAGAAUAAGCACAGCUUCUUAUUACCAUGGACAAACAGUUCACGGUGGUGUUUCGAAAUGUGGGGCAAGUGUACUUCCCCCAAACCAGAGUGGAGUGCCACUACAGUCUGACCUCUGACCACCAAUGGAGCAGCAGUGACUGGAUAGGCAUUUCUGAGGUGGGCUGUUCUUCAGUGAAACAGUAUUACACAUAUACUUGGGCUCUUGUUCCUGAAGGCUACACCGAGGGUGCCGGUGUCAACUGCUGUGCACUUUUCCAGGCAUCCUACCUACCCCGCCCCAGUGCUCUGGAGUAUCAGUUUAUAUAUGUGAAUAAGAUGGGAAAGGUGUGCGCCCGUAGUCGUCACUUCACUUUCCGAGCUCCCAAACCGCUGGAGGAGCUGGAGACGCUGAAAGAGGAACGAGAUGAAGAGGACGGAGAGGAGGAGCUGAUGCUGGUCAUCACCAAGGCUCAGCUGCUGCAGUGUCGGCUGGAGGAAUGCUUAAAAAAACAAGCGGAUAUACAGCAGGCUCUGGACCUGGCAAAAGAGGAAACAGAGAAAGAGAAAGAGAGCAGCAGAAAAGCAAAGGUGGAGUGGGAGCUUGAAAGAGAAGCAAUGAAGGAGGAGAUCUCAGAGCUUAGAGACAACGUGAGACUCAACUGUGAGAUCCUGAAGAAGGUAGAGGGGAAACACAAGAAUGUGAAAUACAGUCAGGAAUAUCUGACAUUUGAACUGAGUAAACUCAGAGCUGAAAAUGAUGAGAGUCAGCAGCGAAUCAAAGACCUGGAGGAUGAUAUCAAGGUCCUGAACGGCAGGGAGAAAGAGGAGAACGGGGACAUGGAAAGGCUGAAGGACAGAGUGAAGAAAACCUCCAGUCAAAUGAAACACGAUGAGGAAAAGAGAAAGUGUCUGCAGGUGGAGUACGAGGCUGCCGUGGUGGAGGUACGAGGGCUGCAGGAGCGUCUGGACGCCAGUGAGCAUGUAGCCGAGAGCCUGCGUAGGGAGCUUCGGGAGCUGGGCACCCGUCAGGGCCAUACCCACACCGAGCUGCAUCAAGCUCGGCUGCAAGUGGCCCAGCUCACCCUGCUGCUGUCUGAGGAGAACCUGGUCCUCAGGGAGGAGCGUGCCAACUGGACUCUGGAGAGAGAGGCUUACAAACAUGCAGCAGAAACCGAUGCAAAGAAAUUUCAAGAACUGAGCUGCGAGGUGCAGAGGAAGGAGGAGUGGCUCCAGGAGGAGAGGCUGGAGAGGGAGAAACUAGAGGUAGAGCUCGGACGAGAGAGAGAUUGCAAUCGAGUGCUGCAGAGUGAUGCUAAGCGAGAGCUGCAGGAGCUGAUGGCCAGUCUGAGGAAAGCCCAGAAAGAGAGAGAGGAGCAGCAGGCGGACAAACAGGACCUGGUGAUCUACAUCCGUCAGUUAGAGCAGAGGCUGGAGGUUGGGCCAGAAACUGAAUCAGACGGGGAAAUUCCCACAUGCAUCUCUCCUGACUCUUCCUCUGAGGAUGAAGAGAAUGCUUCCUCAGCUUCCCCCAGAUCAAUCUGCUCGCCUCUCUUCCUGUCCACUCCGCUGGAACGCUCCGACAGAGUUGAGAUCCUCGCUGCUGAGACACGCAUCCAAAGCAAAGACGACACACAGCACCUUCUACCUCUUUGUCUCUGCAGUGAGCUGGUCGGCUCCCCCAUGUGGUAACGGAGAGAUGGACGGCAGGUUGCUUGUUUACCAUUGUGAUGCAAGUUCAUGCGGGUCAUAAAAGAAACCUUUGGGAUUAUUCUAUUGUUGUUUUGUAGCUGUUUCUGUAGAAUAUGGACAGCAAGGACAUAUAUAUUUAUACAUAUACUUACAGUGUGUCUGUAUUCAAAGCCUACGGCACAAUUUAUAGUCUUAAGUGCCCAGAAUUGUAUUUAUUAGCAUGGCUAAUGGUUUUAUUAGGUGGUUUUAUAUUGGCAGACACCAAUUGUCUAUUAAUAUUUUACAGUUUAUUAUAGACUCCAUUUGUAAUCCCUAGAUUUUCUAGUUUUUUUUAGGUGAUUAAAAUAUGUAUAUGGUGCAAGGA